UAGGCGAGGCAAAUGACUUUAAAGUCAUUUGCUUCUGUAGGGUAAUCCCUUAUGUUAAAAUGAACAUGGAGACGGGACGUCAGUCCGCCAUUUUGUUCCAAUACCCAUUUCACGUGCGCCGCACGCCAUUUUUUUUUACGGAACUUCACGGAAGCCGAGACUCUCAAGAGACGAGCGAUCUUAAGGGGGUUGGGGGGUUUCACAAAGCGAAAUGAACGGCGAAUUGUAUCCGAGCAUGCGCAGUUUUGUUUGUUUUGUUUUUGCAUCGAAAUAUUCGCUUCGCUGAAAAGUAGAAAUGAUACGCAAUCCACGAUGUUAGGUGUCCUGAUUCCAGUACUGUACUUACAGAAGUAAAACCUCACCUAAAACCAAUGAUAAACCUUUAACAGAUAACAAUGACAUAGCUAAUGCCUUUAACAACUUUUUCAGUACAAUUGAAAGUGAUAUUCAAAAUAAAAUUCCAACAUAGGUAAUUUUAAGACCUACAUUAAAAGUCUUAACCCUUCUUCCUUUUUCUUUAAACCUGCAACACAAGAUGAAAUGCUUAAAACUUUCAAUCUCCAAAAUCAUUCUAAAAGUACUGGUGACUGUAGCAUUCCUAGACAAAUCUUUAAAUGUGUACCACAAAGUCUCUCUUUUAUCCUAACCUCAAUUAUAAAUCUCACUUUUGAAACUGGAAUUUUUCAUAAUUCUCCUAAAACAGUUAAAGCUAUACCUAUUUUUAAAAACAAAGGUUCCAAUCAAGACAUUAACAACUAUCAACCACUAUCCUUGUUAUCAAAUAUUAACAAAAUUUUUGAAAAGCUUGUUCAUGCAAGACUUUCUUCUUUUUUGACUAAAUACUAUAUUAUUUCUGGAUGUCAAUUUGGGUUAUAAAAAAACACUCUACCUCGCUCUCAUUGAUCGCUCUAACUGAAGAGAUCAGGAGUGCCCUUGAUUAUAGUUUGUUUUCCUGUGGUGUUUUCAUAGACCUACAAAAGGCCUUUGAUACAGUAGACCACAAAAUUUUGCUUAGAAAACUUGAGCUUUAUGGUUUUAGAGGUGUAUCUAACCAUUGGUUCAUGCCUUAUCUUUCUAAUCGUAAUCAAUAUGUAAGGUAUAAAGACUCAAGCUCUUCUCUUAAAGCAAUUAACAUCGGUGUACCUCAAGGCUCUGUAUUAAGACUCUUUAUUUUAUAUAUGAAUGAUCUUUGUAAUGCAAUCAUCUACAGUAAAGCGUCACUUUUUGCUGAUGAUACUAGCAUUUUAUAUUCUGAUUUAUCUGUCAGAAGAAUUCAAAAACGUGUUAACAUUGACCUAAAACUUCUUUUUAAGUGGUUGUGUGCUAAUAGGAUUUCCUCGAAUAUUGCUAAAACUGAGGUUCUUCUGUUUAGAAACCGAAAAAAAUUACCUGAAUUUUUCCCUAGACUGAAAUUGAAUGCUUUUAUAAUCAAUGACAAGUAGGAAGGAAUAAAAAAAAUAAAGCAGCUAUGUUUACUUUCAUGUUUCUGAUAUGCUGGUGUAAGGAGCUUUUUAUGAAAAAGCAUCAAAUUAGUGCUAAUAACAAUGUUUACGAAACAACCGACAGUGGAACAGAGUGUAAAACCAACACUGAAACAAUUACAUGUGCAGGGACGGUACAGAGUAGUUUAAAGUUUGGUAACAUUGAAGCUGUUGUAAAUGAACAAGCUAUUACUCAAGACUUAAAUGAUGAAGAGUGUGGUUAUCAGAACAAUACAGAUUGUAAUUUCAAUUUGCAGUUUGAAGGUGGAAAAACAACAUUGCACCAUCUUGUUACCCUGGCAUCAAAAACCGAACAAAAAGAUGUUGUGAAAAGUUUUCGAAGGAUAGUAUCACAACACACAGUCGAUGUUAACAUUCAGGAUGAUUACAAGCAAACUCCAUUACAUAUUGCCUGUAUAAAUUUAAAGGACGACCUGAAGGGUGAUAUUAAAUCAAUGAUAGAAAUAUUGGUAAAUAGUGGGCAGGUAGAUAUUAAUCUGCAAGACAUUGAUGGACGGACCCCACUCCAUCUUGCUGUAAAACAUGCUUGGCCUUUGACAAAUGAUAAAGUUGAGAUAAUUAGUAAAUUAGUGAACAUGAAUAGUUGCGAUGUUAACAUUGUUGAUAAGUUUAAUAAAACUCCACUACAUUAUACUGUUUUUAAAACCUGCAAGUUUGACAUUAUAAAAUGCUUAGUAAGAAAAGAUGUUAACUUGGAUAUAAAAGACGAGUCAGGGUUUACUGUAUUACAUUAUGCUGCAAUGAAAGCUAACAGGGGCGAAGUACUAAAGUUUCUGUUAAAAAGAAACAAAGUUGAUGUGAAUAUCAGGGACAAUAGUGGCAAAACCUGUUUACAUAUAGCUACUUCUAGAUCGACAAAAGAGGCGAUUGUUGAUGAACUUUUAAGUUCUCCAAUUGAUAUAAAUGCCAAGGAUAAGUGUGGCAAGACUGCAUUUCAUUAUGUGUGUAGCAAAAAGAACAAAGCAAAAAUGAUGAAUAAGUUUCUUGAACAUAAAAAUAUAGAUGUUAAUAUAAAAGACAACGACAAUAAGACUGCAUUACACUAUGUUGCCAAAUUUGCAGAAAAUACUGAAGCUUUGAAAGUUCUACUAAAUCACCCUGGCAUUCAGUUAUUUGAAAAAGAUGAGACAAAAAAAACACCACUGCAUUAUUGUUCUAUGAUAAGAGCACCUGAGAUGUUGUUGUUAUUGCUAGAUUUACCAGGAAUUGAUGUGACUGUUACUGAUGACGCUGGAAGGACUGCCCUUCAUUAUUGUGCUGUAGUUGGAGCUGACCUAAAUAUUGUGGACAAGCUGACUGCAUUAGAUUCUAACAUAUUAAUGCUCAGAGAUAACAAAGGGGAUUUGGCAUUAGACAUUUCAAAGCGCCACAAACAUGAAAUGUUAACCAACUUUUUGAUCGAAAAGUCCCCAGCAAUGAUCACCAGACACAUAUCAAUCGAUCAAGCUGAAAUUAUGGAUAUACUCAAUGAUCAUGAUAAUUCUUUGUUAAAAGAGAUCCUUGUUAAAAAAAGAGACAAACUAAAAGAUGUUGAUCAAAGCGGGAAAACAAUUAUACAUCUCAUCGCAUCAUCACCUUUCGCUAAACAUAGAGUAGAGGCAUUGGAACUAAUUCUGAACUCAAAACUUGUCGAGAUUAAUGCUCAAGAUUGUGAUGGGCGUACUGCCUUGCAUUACGCUGUCAAAAAAACUGAAAAGAUUGAAAUUGUGAAAUGCCUGUUAAAAUUUAAAACCAUAAUUGAUGUUAACAUUUUAGAUAACAAAAGAAAAUCUGCCAUCAUGUUUGCAUGUGCAGAAGCGCUAGAAUGUUUGCUAUCAAGAGGUGCUAGUGUUGACAUGGUUGAUAACCUUGGAAGAACAGUGCUUCAUUAUUGUUGCAAAGCUGGGCAUUCUGUUGAAACUGUUAAGUCUGUAUUAGAACACAAGGAUAUGGAUGAUGACCUAAAGACCCGUUUAGAUAAAGACGGCAGCACAGCGUUUUAUCUUGCACAGAAUAAUGAUCAUAAGCACAUCACAUCACUUUUGCAAGAGUAUGGAUUAGGAUAUGCUGAUGAGCUUACUGUUAGUCAUUUAACGCACACUGAUAUUGAGAAAUUAAAUGUUCUUAAAACACAAGUAUUGGAUCAAUUCUGCUGGGAGAAGCUGUGUUGUGCCUUAGUGCAGAGAGACCAUGUAAAGAUCACAGAUGAAGAAAUAGAUCUUUUAAAAUACCCAGGGUGUCGAGCGAUGGGACAAGCUUUGAUAGAUCAUCUUUUAAUUACUCAGCCUGAUUUUACAACUACAGAUUUACUUAAUAUUGCUAAAAAAAACAAGCGGGAGGAUAUCUGUUCAGUGCUAAACAACGUGCCAACGCUAACUUUGAAUCAAAUUGACAAUGAUAUGAAAUUUCGAUUAAGUAUACUUUGUAGUCGACAAACGACAGUAGCAAAUUGUGAAGUUCUUGCUGAAUGUUGUGGUUGUAGUGAGUCUGAAAUAAAUAACAUCACCACUGCACGCUAUGCAGCUCCCGAACAGAAAAGCUCUGUACAAGAAAUGUUCAAAGUCAUCAAAACGUCAAAUUCUUCUUUGAAAUUAAAAGAUCUUCAUGGUAUUCUACAGGACACUAAACUGAACAAUGCUGCACAAAUCCUGAUGAAAAUUAUAAAAGAAAAGGAAGGUCGAAUUAGACGCAAUAAUUUCUUUUCUUAUGAUGAAAUAGCAUUUUACUCAAUUUUCUUAGUACAUAAAAGAUCUAAAAAUUAUUUUCGCAAAAUAAUGAAUAUUAUGUGUAAUAAGGACCUAUUAAUGCACGACGUUGUGUUUGCAGUUUAUGUCACUCUCAAUUUCUGUAAGAAGGGUUCAUUAAAUACUUUCUCAAUUAUUAUCUUCCCAAGUUAUUUAUUUAUUUCGACCGUUGUUGCAUUUUUUAUCACUACUAUUGUUCAUUUAUACGAUUACUGUUAUUAUAAUUAUGUCAUGUUAUUGCAUUUAUAUAUUUGUAUAAAUUCUCGUAGAAAAAUAAGGAAGAAAAGUACUAGACUGGUUACACAUAAGAAUGCGUUCAAUAUGUCAGGAUAUGUUAUCAUUUCUACAAACAUUUUAAUAGACAGUGUUAAGAAUCAGAAAAAGGAAAGCGUUUUAAAUAAAGAGGAUAAAGUUAUUCAGACCAUAAAGCUGCUUUUAAAAAAAGACCAAAAGGAAGGGUACAAAACUAUACAACAUAACAUCGAUGACAUUGUCCACUCUGAAGAAGGAUUUGGUCAUGUGUCAGAUCGCAACGAAAUAUCUUUGCUGCAUGCAUUAGUAAUAUGCAGCUGGUUAACUUACUACGAGAAAACCUUACUGUUAGAUAAAGUUUUGAAAGUGAAGGAUGUUAAUAUAAAUUGCAGAGACAACCAAGAUAGAACACCCUUGCACUAUGCACUAUCGAAAAGAGAAAAUACAAAGAAAUCUGAGCAUCAAAAGUACACGUUGGUGAGACGUUUGUUAAAUGUCCCCGAUAUCGACGUUACAAUCAAAGAUAAGAAAGGCUUGACGCCUCUCCUUAUUGCAGCCAAAACAAUGAAUAACAUAUCCUUCGAAAAGGUCCUACUGUUUGAAGGUUUACUAGACGUAUUAUUUGAUAAUCUGCGCCAGGGAAAAGAUAUAGAUAUUAAUGCUGUUGAUGAAGAUGGUAAGUCUGUGUUGCAUCAUAUAUUAGGAAAGUUUAACAAAAAAACAAACGGUAAACUUGCGUUUACUGCUAUGUUAAAGCUCUUGUUGCGUUAUAACGAUAACACCAUUUCUGAGAAAAAAGAAAAACUUUCACAAAUAGAAGAAAAACUAAAAAAGCUUAGAAAAAAUCCGCAAAUAAAAACUGCAAACUUAAAAAGCAAACGCGAAAAAACAACAGAAUUCAUGAAACAGCUUGAGUUACUAAAAAAUACCAUUGAUGUUAACCUAAAAGAUAAAUCUGGAAAAACACCAUUAAUUACUGCGGCUCAAUGGCAAAACGAAGCAGCCGUGAAAGAAAUUGUUCGACAUAAGAAUGUGAACUUGAAUAUUCAGGACAAGGCUGGUAAAACUGCUCUGCAUUAUUGUUCACUUGAAAAAGAUAACACGAUUUUCAAUAUCUUGUUAAAGAAGAACUCUUUGGAUGUGUCUUUACAAGACCAAUACGGUAAAACAGCUCUUCACAACUGCAUUGAAGCUGGUACAUCAAUUCGCUAUAUUAGAGAUCUGUUACAAUAUGGAUCAAAAGUUAUCAUGCUUAAAGAUGAUAACAACGAGUCUUCAUUAAGUUUAGCCAAAAGAAAGAAGAAGGAAGAAGUCAUAAAAUUAUUUGAAGAAAGACAUGGACAAAAAAGUCAUUCACAAGAAACCAACGAAUUUGACUGCAUCACGAGAACAGUCGAAGAAGACAAUAUUGAAAUGUUGAAUCAAGUCUGUGAAAAUGAAAAAGAUAUAUUGGCACUGAAAGAUAAAGAGGAUAAACACUGUUUGCAUCACAUAGCAAACAUGCAUUUGAGAGAUCACCAUGAAAAUAUCGUUAGCCGUUUGUUGGAGAGAUUUAAUCAAACGCCUGGAAUUGACAUAAACGAUGUUGAUAAAAAUGCCAGAAAAACAGCUCUUCACUACGCUGCCGUGUUUGAAGAAGGAGAAUCAACAUGCUUCAUCGACAUGCUUAUAAAACAUAAUAUAAGCGUCAACGCUUUAGAUCACAAACACAAGACUGCGCUACAUUAUGCAUGCCAAAGCAAUGGAAGAUUUCACAACGCCAUGGCAUUGCUAAAACAUAACAAUAUAAAUGUAGAUAUUGUUGAUGAUUUAAAGAAAACGCCUCUUCAUCAUGCGCUUGAAAAUAACUGUCACGCGGACUUGAUUCUUGAGUUGGUAAAGAAGACUGGUAAAGAUGAAAUCAACCUCCAGAAUACCGAAGCAAAAGUGGCGUUGCAUUAUGCUGCUGAACGGAAACAAAAUGGCGCUGAUUUAAUAAUUGACGAAAUGUUAAAAAGAGCUGAUAUUGCUCCAAACGUACGAGAUGGUACUGGGAAAACAGUAUUACAUCACGCUUUGAGAUUUGAGAAACCUAUAAAAGAAGUUGUCACAAGGUUUUUGGCUGAUGACAGAAUAAAGAUGGAUCUUGGUGAUAAUGAAGGAAAGACUAUCUUGCAUUACUGUGGAAUUAUGGGACAUUCUGUGCAGAUAAUAGAGAAGAUCUUAGCCCGUUACGAUGGUGAUAAAAUGUUUUGGAAGCAAGAGGACAAAACUAAAAAAACAGCUCUCGAUUAUGCUUGUCUGAAUAAACAUUAUCAUGUCAUAGAAUUUUUGAAAACAAGAAUGGGCGAAAAAACAGCACCAAAUGUUACUCUGAACGUGGAGGAGUUGACAUUUAAAGAUAUGAAUAAACUGCGUGGUCUGAAUGGCAAGCUUUUUGGUAAUUACUGCUGGAAGAGUCUGUGUGACUGGUUAAGAAUUAACGAUCAAGUCAAGUUUGACGAAUAUCACAUAAUUGCUCUUGGCAACCCAGAAUAUGUUUACCUGGGUAAUGCUUUAUUUGAGAACUUGAAAGCAAGUAACCCUACCCUGUCUACCAAGAAGUUUGCUGAAGUCGCGAGCGAACAUGGACGAAACGAAAUCGGCGAUCUUUUGAAAGAUUUUCCCAAUGUAUAUCUUAAGGAUCUACCUUAUGAUGUUAAAUUUCGAGUAGGAAUCUUAUGUUGUAAUUCGUCAGAUUGGAAAAUAAUAGCAGAAGAUUGUGAUCUGACAAUGGAAAAAAUAGCUGCUAUUCAAAAUGGCUAUAACCGUUCAGACACUUCUUCCACAGACGAAAUGUUCAACGCGAUUAAAAUGUUUAGCCCUCGUUUAAGUCUUGAUGUCUUGAAUGAAGGUCUCCGUAAAAUCAACCUUGUCAAAAUUGCUGAGAUUAUAAGUAAUAUAAUUGAAGAAAAAAAAGGAAGACAUAUUUCAAAGUAGAUUUUAGCCAUCAUGCUGGAAUAGUGGGUUCCACAAUGUGUCAAUUAUCUUUUGUAACCUGUUAAAUGUAACAUCGAAAUUAAAGAAUUGAUGUUCAAUUUGAUACGAUGUUUAUUAAUACAUGAUCAAUGUAUUUUUUUUGUGUGUGUGUGUGUAAUGCGUAUGAUAUAAGGAAAGAGUAGCUGGCUGCUCUUUAUGUGUUUUACUGCUGUAUAAAUGCUUAGUUUUGGUAGGGUUAGUUUAUCGGUAAAAAAGGUCGACUAAAAAAGUUAGCAAAAAGAGUCACCUACACAGAAUUUAUUUACUGAUUAAUUUUACCAACAUUGUCACUUUUGAGGACUAACUUUUAGAAAAAAUAAUAGAAAACAAUUUGUUUUCAAAACAAACACUAUGUGAAAGAAGAAUAGAUACUAAAUAUCAUACUUGCAAAGGGAAUUAGCAAAUCUUAACAAUUUUAAUUGUGAACUUGAAAUUUCCUAAUUUCGUAUGAUCUUAAAUUUUAAAACACAUCGGUUUUUAAUGCCCUAAAAAGAAAAAGAAAAAGCGGUAAAAAAUAAUGUCAGUAAAAACGAUGUCGGCAAAAAAAGUUGGAUAGAUAUUUUGGGUAGUAAAUAAUAUUAGUUGCUUUUAACGACUUUUUGUUACUGAUAAGCGACGUAAGUUGUUGAUAAUGUUAUUUUUAAUUGCACAAUUUUUUAAUGAUUUUGUAUUUAAUAUCUUCUGUGGCUGUGAAUAUGAUUGUUGCAGUUUUCAUGCUUUUAUCGGCACGGUGUUUGUUCUAUGUGAUCACGUGUUUUUUUAUAAGAAACACGGUUUUAGAAACAGGAGGCUCAAAUUACCAUUAUUUUAAGACAGGCUAAGUUAGCAGCAUCAUUUUUGUGAUUAAAUAAUAAAGUCUAGUACUAAACAAUAAGUACAUGUAUAGUAAUUUAACUGUGAGAUAUUGUGUGGACUGAUGUUGUGAAAGAUAUUUUGAACACAAUCACCCUUGUCUAUUUUCAUCUUUUUUUUUCUUUUUUUUUUUGAGCUAUCAUCUUUUUAAACUACAAGUGAACACAAAAACGUUCCCUGUGGGAAAUUAAAAAUAAUAAUUUUAAAGAAACAUUUCUAGAUAAAAAAAUAAAAAUAUCAAGAAACAGUCAGACUCAACUCAAAUUUCAUGUUUCUUAUAAAAAACGACGUGUAUUUCUUUUAGCGUUAUAUUUAUACUAAAGUACAACAUUUUGUACCUAGCUAAUCUCUUUCUUCAAAUUAUUUAAUGAAAAAUUGCCGAAAAAGUUCCGUAUUCAUUAUUUCUGUAUUGUUUUGUUUUACCGUUUUGUAGAUUUUAGAAUUAGUUUUUUAGAUUUUGUAUUAUUGUGAAUUUUUUAGUAAAGUCAAUGUUUAUUUCAAUCAAGUUGUAAAUCCCUUUUCUUCAGGCUGAAUAAGUUGUUUUUUAUUUCAGUAA